AUGAGAUCAAAUAACACCGUGAUCCUUCUAGGCAGCCAUAUGUUACCCACCCAGCACGGAACCAUCCACGGCGACAUCGCUAAAAAGCCACUCGAAAUGGCACAGAAUAUCAUCCUCUACACUGCGCCUGGCUCAUGUGGUCUCGUGCCGCAGACACUUCUACACCACUGCAACAUCUCGUUCAAACCCAUUGGCGUGUCCCUCCAAAACCUGGCCGAACUCUCCUCGAAGAACCCAAAGGGCCAAGUGCCUGUGUUCGACUGGAAUGGCGAACUGAUCACUGAAGUUCCAGCCAUCGCCCACGCGAUCAACCACCUGGCGCCUGAAGGAAAGAUCCUUGGUCGAAGUCCGGUGGAGUUUGUCCGGGUGUGUGAAUGGAUGAACUUUCUGUCGGCCAGCAUACACUCUCAGCCCUGGGGCGCCUUCGUGCGACCAUUCCGAUUUACCGACGAGCCUGAAGCGGAGCCUGGUGUGAAAAGGAAAGCAAAGCAGCGGCUGCAGGAGAGACUUGCGCUCAUGGAGUCUAAGCUACCGGCGGAUGGCUGGGUGGUUGGCGAGGGCUUCACGGCGGUUGACGCCUACUGUCUAGCAAUUUCGCAAUGGGUCGUUGCAAGGACAGACUUGGACUUCAAGGGAGACUUCCCCAAGUGGGCGGCUUUGGUCGAUCGUGCUCAUAAGGUGGAAGCUGUGCAGAAAGCGUUGGCGGAAGAGAAACAGCUUGCAGAAGAGCUUAACAAGGCUUGA